UGCAUAGAUUUCAGGAUUUCAUCAAGUUCUUUCAAAACUUAACUACUUUGUUUUGUCUGUGGGGAAGAUUGUUUGAGUUCUUAUCUGUGCAAUGGCAAGAUUUGUGUUUGUCUUCAUUACAAUCCUGCUGCUGCUCUGCAUUAUAUGGGAGAGCCAGGCUGAUGCUGUUUCUCAGGCUAAUGAUCAGUCCCUCACAGCUUAUCCUUAUGGGAGCAGACAAGGCAGCCUUAAACCUUCAGAGUGCUCUCCAAAGUGCUCAUCGAGGUGCUCAGCCACUGCCUACAAAAAGCCCUGCCUGUUUUUCUGCAACAAGUGCUGUGCCAAGUGCCUCUGUGUUCCUCCUGGAACAUACGGAAACAAGCAGCUCUGCCCCUGCUACAACAACUGGAAGACCAAGAGAGGAGGCCCCAAAUGCCCUUGAAUGAAUUCCUCCAAGUUUGGAUCUUCUAAUGUAUAACUUUGGCAUUUAUAGGCCAAUAUUUAUGUCUGUAUUUCAUAUAUAUAUAUAUAUAUAACAAGUUUUCUGCA